GAUUGGUUUCCGAGGAGGGACGCCCAGGGAGCCCGUACGUCACUGCCCUGUGCCGGAAGACUAUUUUCGUGGUAUCUUCCCUCAACAGCUUUCUACUUCUUCCCCGCCGCGGAAAGAUCCCGGGAUAUGAGCCGGAAGAGGCAUCGCCUGGUCCCGGAGACCUUUGGGUUGAAGAGGCGGCGGGAACUAGGGGAUGUAGAGGCAGAUCCUUUGCGCGGCGAGUCAGGAUCUGCGCGAGAGGCAGUCGCAGAGAUGGUGCGGCUGUUCCCGCGAGUCCUGUUUGAGGAUGCGCUACCCCCCAUCGCGCUGAGGAGCCAGGUGUACAGCCUCGUAGCGGACCGAACCGUGGCUGACCGGCAGCUGGUGAGGAGCGUCAGAGCGACCAACGGGAAGGCGCUUUCGUGCCUCGCGGGCACUUCCGAGAAGGCACUGCAAGAGCAGGGGGAGAUCAGGAUCGUCCAGCUAGGCUUCGACUUAGACGCCCAAGGAAUCAUGUUCACCGAGGACUACAGGACCAGAGUUCUCAAGGCUUGUGAUGGCCGCCCAUAUGCUGCUGCAGUACAGAAGUUUCUGGCUUCCGUGCUUCCAGCCUGUGGUGACCUUAGCUUCCAGCAAGACCAAAUGACACAGACUUUUGGCUUCAGGGACCCAGAGAUCACGCAGCUGGUCAAAGCCGGGGUGCUCACUGUUCGAGAUGCUGGAAGUUGGUGGCUCGCAGUGCCUGGAGCUGGGAGGUUCAUCAAAUAUUUUGUUAAAGGACGCCAGGCUGUCCUUAGCAUGGUCCGGAAGGCCAAGUACCGGGAGUUACUCCUUUCAGAGCUCCUGGGCCGGCGGGCGCCUGCCUCGGUGCGACUUGGCCUCGCCUACCACGUACAUGACCUCAUUGGGGCCCAGCUGGUGGACUGGUGAGUCUUGCGCCCCAGCCUCUGGAAGAUGACAGAGCAAUGACCUCAGUGUCUCCACCACUUCUGGAACCCUCCUCCGCCUGCCAGAGACCUGAGGACUCUGUUCAUCAUUGCACACCUCCCCAGGGUGGGGAUUGAGGGGCCCCGGAGGGCUGCCUGCCCUGGCUGAGGCAGGGUCACCUUGGGAAGGCUCGGGAGCCAGGAUGAGUGCUGGGCUUGCUGCUGUGCCGAGGGUCAGAUGUGACUGCCGCUGUUGACCUGGGCUGCGUACCAGUGGAGGGGUUUGGGCUGUGCUUCUCUGCCCUUUCACGAAAGUGGAGCCAGAAACCUUGCCAAGGCCAUGGCUGCUGUUUUUCAUGCAGCAAGGUGCUGCCACUAUUCUGUCUGGGGUAGGAAGGAGGGGUCACUGGGUAAGCUGUCAAAGUUGGACAGUUUUUCUUCCUGUAUGUUGGGCUGAAACUGCCAAAUAAAGUACUUCUGAUGUUU